GAAAAAUUGUAUGCGCACGAGUGCUCCACCUGGGCGGCGACCAGACGAUUCAAUAUAAUGUCAGAUCCCCGCCUUGGCGACGUUUUUGUGCCAAGAGACUUGCAGCCUCGUUGACUAGGUCUAAUCUAGACCGUUGUUGCUUUUGUCGACUCCGGUCCUUUUGCGACUUUACACCGAAUCGACGCUGAGAACGAAAAUCCCGGUCACGACGACGGCCUUUUGCCAUGGAACGCUUCGAAGAGAAAGGCAUGGGCGAAAAGACGUCGCCUCAGGCUUCGCUCGAGGCGGGCAGCAGCGACCGUCCGAGGGAGGGUGGCAUCUUGGCCGCUUUGCGACGCUUUGAGGGCAGAAUGGAUAAAGCUCUAGGGGUCGAGUCGCAUGCCAUUGACCGCAAGACGGACGCAGACAAGAAGCCCGUCAAGUGGCACGAGGAGCUGACCAUGGCUCUCCUGUGGGCAAGUGGUACGAUGGGCAUCAGCUGUUUUGCCACUGGAUUUCUCGGCUGGGAGUUUGGUCUUGAUUUGCAGCGUGCCAUUCCUAUCUACAUCUUUGGUUCCAUCCUCGGCGGCGCCGUGUCUGGAUACUGUGCCACGUUCGGUGCAGCAACUGGUCUGCGUCAAAUCUCCGUCUCACGAUUCAGCUUUGGCUGGUGGCCAAACAAACUCAUUGCCUUCCUAAAUGGCCUGGAACAGCUUGGAUGGGCAUCGGUCGGCUCCAUCAGUGGCGGAUUAGCUCUGACCGCCGUGGCUGAUGGUCGCAUUUCGCUAGUCGUCGGUGUCAUCAUCAUCGCCGUCGUAUCUCUUUUGGUCAGCUUUCUCGGUCUGCGCUACAUCUUGAUCUAUGAGCGGUACGCGUGGCUCAUCUACUUCAUCAUCUUCAUGAUCAUCUUUGGCAUGGUUGGCCCGUAUGCUGACGACGUCACGCCGGCCCAGGUCACGGGCGCCGACCUUUCUGCCAGCGCCCUCUCACUUCUUGCCGUCGUUUAUGGAAGUUCUGCCUCAUGGGCCACCAUGGUGUCCGACUACUACGUCCAGUACCCGACCAAUGUAUCCAGGUUCAAAGUCUUUGCACUCACGACACUCGGCAUUGCCAUUCCUACCUCUAUUGGCAUGACUGCUGGCGCCGUGGUGGCCAGCUCCCUGAACAACCAGACGGCCUGGAAAGACGCAUAUGAGAACCAGGGUCUUGGAUUCCUGAUCCGAGACAUGCUACACCCGCGCGGAUUCGCCAAGUUUCUACUCGCCAUCUUCUCCUUCAGUGGCAUCAACACCAACAUCAUCUCCCUCUACUCUGCGGCCAUCUCAUUCCAGCAAAUGGCUCGUCCUUUCGCCCAAAUACCUCGGUUUCUUUGGACUUUCCUCUGCUUUGCCAUUGUGAUUGGUCUGGCUCUCGGUGGUCGCAGCCAGCUAAACACCUAUUUGCAGAACUUCCUCAGCUUGCUAGGCUAUUGGUGCACGAGCUACUUUGUCAUCUUGCUUAUAGAGCAUUCCAUCUUUCGACGUGGAGACUUUGCCAAUUACGAUCUCGAUGGCUGGAACGACCCGAGCCGCUUGCCUCUUGGCAUUGGAGCUAGUGUCGCCUUUUUGGUCGGGGUGGUCGCAUGGUGCAUGGGCAUGGUCGAGACUUGGUUUGUGGGACCCCUUGGCGGCUUGAUUGGCGAAUCUGGGGGUGAUAUUGCCAACGAAAUGACACUUGUUGUUACCGCUGUGGCAUAUCUGCCUGCUCGUUAUUUGGAGUUGAAAUUAUUCGGGCGAUAGGUACGGAGUGGAAAAUUCUAAAAGAAGAGCUCUAGGCGGGAAAGGGCUGGCUUUACGUUCAGAACAUGGACCAGCUACCUUUACGACUUGAGGCGGCACUUUUCCGUGAUCAGAAACUUUUUCAACCCGCGUUCACAUAAUCUCGCGACUUCAGAAUGGGACAUUAAUGUCACUCAAGCCAUAUAUACUUGACUCAAUCUUACCG